AUGGAAUUGCUUGAAGGCCCGAGAGUCAACGGGGAUAUUAGUGGUGAGAAUGCAACCCUCGGCCUGGUGGACGGGGAGCACCGAGCAGGCUGGGUGCGGGUGAGGGUGGAGCAGAGCUGGUUCACUGUGGAACGUGGCUUGCUGGAGAGGUGCAGCGACUACUUCCGCGUCCUGUUUCAAUCCGGGAUGAGAGAAAGUCACCAGGAGGAACUCCACCUGAAGGGAGGAGUGCACGCGAGGGGUUUCCUCAUUGCCCUUUCUGUCUGCAGGGGGGAGACUCCCACCCUCAGUGAGCCGGACGAGCUCACAGAAGUGGUGGAGUGCGCUGCGUUCCUGCAGGUUGGCUGCCUGGUCCAACAUCUUUGUGACAUCAUCGACUCGGACAACUGCCUCUUGCUUUACUACCUCGCCUCCGUCUUCGGGGUGCAUGAACUGCUGCAUAGUGCAGCUCUCUUCCUGUGUGAUGCCUUUGACGAUUUAAAGGAAGUUGCAGAGAGGACAGUUCCUGAAGAGCUUCUUCACUAUUCUCGGUCUUUGUCUCCUUCUGUUUAUGUGGCUAUAGGCACCCACUCUCCUUCCAUGGAGCUCCUGCACGACUCCUUCAGAGUUGUUUGCUAUCUUGAUGAAAAAGAGGGCGAGUGGAAGCAUUUAACUAACCUCCCAACUCUCUGUAGCACCUCCAUGGCCGGUGUGGCGGUGCUUGACAAUCGCUUGUACAUCGUAGGGGGAGUUUACGGUUACGGUAAGGACACAGUAAAUGGCAGCUUUUGCUACAACCCGGACUCCGGGGUGUGGAUUGCUCUCCCUGGACCCCAGCAACCCAGAUAUGACUUCACCCUUCUGGGACACGAAGGACGACUGUAUGCCAUCGGCGGCGAGUUCCAAAAACGGACCAUUUCCACAGCAGAGAGUUACGACGCUGAGACGGGAGAGUGGGCGUUUAUACAUCCUGCACCAAGACCUGUAGCCUCUGCCGCCUGUGCUGUUGCAAGACGGAGGAUAUUUGUUUGCUUCUGGAAACCACCAGACACCACAGACAUCUACGAAUAUGUUCCACUGAAAGAUGAAUGGAAACUUGCAACCACAAUGAUCAGGCCUCAGAGCUAUGGCCACUGUAUGGUAGCCCACAGGGACAAUUUGUACGUGAUGCGCAAUGGGCCUAGUGACGACUUCCUGCGCUGCCUCAUGGACUGCUACAAUGUGACGACAGGCCAGUGGACAGCCCUGACCGGACAGUACAUCAACAGCAAGGGGGCGCUGUUCACGGCAAUGAUAAGGGGGGACUCUGUGUUCACAGUCAAACACAUGCUCACUCUUGAAUACACCAUCGCUGGAGAUGGAUGGAAGCCCCGCAGGCAGAUGAAGGGCUUUCCAAAGAGCGGUUCACUGUGGACGUGUUUACUCAGGCUUCCCAAGACGGGACCAGUUACACCACAGCUGGAUCCAGACGGGAAGGAGGAAUAAAAUGUCUUUGCCAGACACGUCUGAGGGGUUUG